AUGGAUUAUUUUAUGAGAUUCGUCAAAGAAGAGAAGCCAAAAAAGUAAAUAAAACCUGAAGUUAAAGAAAAAUAUAAAAUAUUAUUUAAAAAAAUUUUAACUUUGAAACCUUAAGAAAAGAAGAAUCUUUUCCUAAAGAUAUUGGAGCAGUAAUUAGUUUAAUCAUAUGGACACUUAUUUUAGAAAGACGAUGAAGAAUAAAAUAACCUUUAAAUAAAACCUGAGUCAAAUGGAAAAAUCUCUUUUGAAGAUUAGCAAGAUAAACAAAAAUAAAUAGAAAAUAGUAUUUAAUAACAAAACUAAUUAAAAGAAAUAUCCAUAAUUUCUUCACCUCCCUUAUAUUAAGAUAUGGGUAUUAAUUAACCAAAAGUCAAAGAAAUAAAGUCAAUGGAAAUGGUUAAAUUAGAAAGUCAAUUUAAUUAGCAAGGGAAUAAAGAUGAAUUUUCAAAUAGAAAUUCAAACUUUGAUUCUAAUUUAAGAUUGUUUAAUCUUCAAAAGUAAUUUAUUAGUUCUGAAAAUAAAUAAACUCCUAAUAAAAACUUACAAAAUUAAACCAUUAAUGAAGUAAUGUCUAAAGUUAAUUUUAAAGGUAUUAAGUUUUCAAAAAUAUUAAUUAGCAUUUACUUAGCUUUAAGGAUUGCAAGUAGUUAAAAAUGUCCUUAGUUGCAAACUUUCCAUAAUCCUAUGGCAGCAAGUGGAUAUGCUGCUAGAAAUGUCAUCAGAAUUCCAAAAACUAAUAUUUUGAUUAUCAACACAUUAUAUGAACAAUAUUAGGACUCAAGUAUAGUUUAUUACUAUGAUUUAUCAUCAAUAUCUGGCGAAACUAUUAAUGUCAUCAAGCCUGAUUAUGUAAUAAUUGAUAUGAAAUAUAACUCUCAAACAGAUUAAUUAGUAGUAUCUAAUUUUGAAACUCUUAUUUUUGCUGAUCCCUAUACAUUAAAGGCUUUAGUUUCUUAUUCUAUUCCAAAGCUCUCUGCAAUUAUGAUUUUAGAACAGACAAAUUACAUAUUAUUGACUAAUUUUUACAAUCAUCUACAAAUAUUUGAUUUUUUGUAGCAGAAAGUUUUACUUAAUAUGGAUAAUACAAAAUAAUUGACAGCUCAAUAUGGUAGUACAUAGCUUUAUCAAUUUAAAUCGAUUCUGUACUAACUUUCUACAGGAGAUAAAAUUAUUAUUACUUCAAAUGAUGCCGGUUUAAUUUCUUGGGGAAUAGAUCUUUAAAAUUUAACAUACUAAUUUUAUGGAUUUAUACCGAAUUCUUAAGUAAAUUUAGAUGCAAUACAUAGAUCAUUCACUAAGCAUCCAAUAGAUGAUGUAAUUUUUAUUGGAGGUAACUCUACUUAAAUCAUAGCUGUAAAAAUUCUAGAUAUCAAAAAUAGCAAAUAUUAACUUCUAUAUAAUACAUCCUUGAUGAAUGUAAAUUCUGUGAUAACAAAUUUAUUAUUUGUUAAUCUUUCGAAAAACAAAUACUAAUUAUGGGCAGGAGAUGGAGUUAAUAUUUACUAAGUAUAUUUGAAGGGAAGUAGCUAUACAAUAAAUAAAUUUUAUUAUUACUAAGCUGAUACUUUCUAUGAUUGGUAUUUAGUAUAAGAAAGUUAAUCAAUAAUUAUAUGUUCAAAGUUUUACUUAACAACUUUUAACUUUACCUCAUACAAGCAAACUUACUUUUUGUAUUUUUAUCAUAAUAUAUAUGCGAGAAGAUUCAUAUGGCAAAAUGAUGGUUAUAAUGAUAUAUUUGCUCUUCUUAGCGAAAACUAAUUAAAUUUAUAUGACAGAGGAAAUUUCGGAUAUACUUCAUAAUACUCAACUAAGCCAUAUCUUUAAAAGUUUAUUAGGUUCAAAUAUGGUAGCUUUUAUACAAUCAAAAUGCUAAAUGGUACAUGCUUUUACAAGGGGACAAAUGAUGGUUCAGAUAAGGGAAAUAGUUAUAUAGGAAUGUUUCCAAUAUUUCCAUUUUCAUAAGGAGAUACAAUAAUUGACAUAACUAGUAUUUACAAUCUAUAAUGGCCCAGUAUCAAUUAAAAUUUAGAUCCAUUCUUUUUGAAUAAUAAUAUAUGGGUUGCGUUUGCUUUUCCUUCUAAAGCUUCUACAGAAAAUUAUUUAUUUUAAUUGAUAAAUUGUAACUCAACAAAUCAGAGAAUUUAUCUUAAAUCCAAUCUUACUACAGACAAUUAAGUAAAGACAGCUUUUGCAGUAGCUUCUUUAGAAAAUAAAAAUAACUUAGAGCUUAUUGGAGUUGAUAAUUUAGGAACUGUUUAUUCAUGGGAUUUGAGUUAACAAGGAUUUCCUUUUAAGUUCUUUAUAAAUUUUAGUUUAUGCAAGAACUCUGUUAUAGGUGAUAUAUUUCAUUAUGAUACUUAAAAAAGAUUAAUAUUAUCUUGUGAUAUAUAAUAGAUAAGGGGAAUUAUUGCCGGUCAACCAAUAUAAAGAACCAUAAAACCAAAAAUUUAACUUAAUGAAAACCACCAAAAUUUUGAAAAAAUAUUGAAUAUUGCUUAAUACUAUUAAUAAAUGAUAAAUGGAGUAUCUAAUAUGGGAGUAGAUAUUUUAAUACAACCUGGAUCAAUAUUAGAUUUGAACAGCAAUUUUAUGAACUUUGAUUUUAAUUCAAUAAUUUCUUUGAAUUUUAAAAGUACCAUUUAAGGGAAUCCAGCUAGUUUGCUAAAUGUAAAUACUUUAGUCCUUCAAAACUAUAAUUAAAUAGGAUUUUAAGAUAUUAUAAUUUAUUUUGGAUAAAGUAGUCCACAAAAUUAAUGUGGUAUAUCUGUUUAAAACAUUAAAUAAGGUGUAACUUUUGAUAAUAUUUAAUUGUAUCUAUAAUUCUAAGUUUCUGAUAUAAAAAGUUGCUAAGUAAUUUAAGCAGAUUCAACUUAAAUUAGUAUUUUAAAAUAUGAAAUUUAAAACGAAGAUUUCACAAAUCACUAAUCUAUUAUUAGCUCUUUUAAUGCCACUUAGAUAAUAAUAUAAAAUAUGACUAUAGCUAAUAGUAAGCUUGGGUUAAAUUUUAGCGUCUUGAAAUAAUUAUCAAACUUGAAUGCAUACAUAAGCAAUCUUGAAAUAUCUGGAAACACAUGCUCUUAAGAUUCAUCAGAUGAUCAAAGUAUAUCUUAGUUAUUCUAAGCUGGGUAUUUUGUAGUGAAAAAUGUAAACAUAACAAAUAAUAUAUUUUGCAAAAAAGUUAUUUUUUAAGUAGAAAGUUUUCAAAAUUAAGAAUUUAAAAGUUUUUCUCUUCAAAAUAUUGACAUGAAAAAUAAUAAAUUCUAGGCUAGGACAUAAUAUAUCUUUUUUAGUGCUAUUUAUUCAAUGAUAGUUGUUCCAUAUCAUGAAUUAAAUCUGUAUAACAUAAACUUUUACAACAACACGCUAUUUAAGCUAAAUUUAAAUGACCUAAGUUCUUCAUAGUAUUUUUAAACAAAUAAAAUAGGUUCUAUAUAAAUUGAAUAAACAACUAUUUAGAAUCACUUUGAUAUAUAAUUAGCUUUGAUUGAGUUUGUAAAUAGUGUUUAUAUAAAUAACUUUUAGUGUUUUAAUGAUUAAUUAUAUCUAUCAUAGAUUCCUAAUUAAUUAGCGAUAGGAUGCUUAGAAAUGAAUGAAGUCUAGAACAUCACCUUUUUUAAUUUAUAAACUAUAAAUAAAAAAGUUUAAGAUUCUAGUAUAAUUGUAAUAAAAAAUAAAUUUACUCAAUCAGCUAAAUUUAACAUGACUAAAGGUAAUUUUACAAAUGUUUUUCUUAGUUAAACUGGUGUUAACACUGAAUCGACUCCAAUUUAUAUAGUUAGCGAUUAUUAAAUAGAAAUUACCUUAGAUUCUUGUGUGUUCCAAAAUAUCUUUUUAAACAGUGUACCUUUCACGAUUACUAUUUCAUCAACUGCUUUAUUUGUUUAAAAUUAUGUUGGAUCAGUUUUAAUUAAAAAUACUCAAUUUUAUAACUCUUAUAGCAAUUCGAAUUAUGGUUUUAUAUUCAUAUAAGCAAACACUUUUAUCCUUGAUACAGUAUAAUUUAAUAAUUCUACAUUUCCUAUAGAUAAAUCCUUGUCAAUGUUCAAUUCAGAAGGAGGAAUGAUUAAUGUAAAAGCUUAAGUAGUCAAUAUUUCUAAUUGUAACUUUAGUAAAUCAACUUCUUCAUAUGGAGCCUUUAUAUACUUUGAAUCAUUUAGUUAAGUAUUAAAUAUAAAUAUAAUAAGCACUAGCUUUAGUGAAGGAUAUGCCUUAAAUGAUGGAAGUGCUUUUUUCAUAGAUACUUUCGGUUAAUAGCUUAAUUUUAACUGCUAAAAUUGUGAAUUUAAUAAUUUAUAUACAUUCUAAAGUUAAGCAUCGACUAUUGGAAUAGAGAAGUACAUCAAGACAAAAAGCAAAAACCAAAGUAUCGUAUCAUUUUAUGGAGGAUAAAUUGUAAAUACUUAUGGCGAUAUAGAUAAUUACUUUUUGGAUGUAAUAAAUUAUAAUAUCUAAUUUAGUGGGAAAUAAAGAAUUCUAUCAGAAGAUUUCUCCUCUACUUCGCUAGCACAUUUAUUUUUCAAAGCUUAAAAUAAUAAUAAUUAUUAAUAUGCUACUUUAUUAAAUAUAAAAGAUUCAAAUUUAUCUAUGCAAGAUUGUUAUUUUUAAAACAUUUACAUAACAUCUAGUUUAUCAAAUUUCCCACUAUUAUUAAGUUCUACUAAUUCAAGUGUUUAGAUCUAAAAUACACAAAUCUUUGACUCAAGUUUUGUAACUAGUGCUUUAUCUUUGAUUUAAAGUAAUGUAUUACUCAGCUAAGUCACUUUUACAAAUGUCAAUUAAGAAAUUUCAAAUAGAAGAAUUAUUUAAUAAGCAGAAAGCUAAAUUUCUUUUAUAAAUACUAAUUAAACAAUAUUAUAAAAGAGAGUUAUGGAAGAGUAAAUCAAUCCAAGCUUAUAUAGUCAUUCUUUAAUUAUAUCUUACCAAUCUAGAUUAAAUAUUAACUAAAAUAGUAAUUUUACUUCAAUAAAUUGUAAUACAAACUGUAAUGGCGGAGCUAUUUAAGCUGUACAAAGCACUCUAAAUAUUCAAAACACCUUAUUUAAAUAAAUAAAGUCUACUUUUGGAGGUGCUGUGUUUAUUUAUGGAAUUAAUAACACCAAUAUUAUCUAAAAUACUUAAUUCUAAUAUUGUUAAGCCCAAAAUGAUGGAGGAGGAAUUUAUUUAUUUGCUUUGUAAAAUGACAAAUUUAAAUUAAAUAUUUCUGAAAGUCUACUUGAAAAUAAUUCAUGUGGUUAAAGAGGAGGCGGAAUUUUUAUUUAUUCAGAAACCCUAAACUCUCCAAAUCAGUAAAUAAAAUUAUAAAACUCAUAAAUUAUUCGUAACAAAGCAUCUGUAGGAGGUGGCAUAUUUUUAUAAAAUCUUUCUGCAGAUGUUUAAUAACAAAAUAUAAUAUCGAGCAAUACUGCUACAACGUAUGGAAGUGAUUAAUCUUCAUAUCCUACAAAGCUUAGAAUUAGUAAUAUUAAUUAAUUUUUGCAGGAAAAUAAUGGGAAAGUGAACAAAGAAUAAUUAGAGGUUCAUAAUUUUAGAAGCGGUGCAAAUUUAACAAGUAUAGAAUUUUAAUUUCUAAAUUAAAAAAAUGAAAUUAUUAUACCUAUUACUCCAGAAGAGGAAGAAUAAUUUUAGAUAAAUGUUUAAUUUGAUAUCAAAAGCCAAAACCUUUAAUCGUAUAUUGCAAGUGGUUAAACAUUCACUAAAUAUGAUCCAAAAUUAUAGAGCUUUGCUUUUAAUUAUAUUAAUCUAGUAGGAUUACCUGGUACUACUGCUUUUUUAUAAUUCUCUUCUCCAUAAAUCUAUAGCGUUGAUCCUUAAAGUGGAUAGUUUAUCUAAAAUUAUUCCUUUAAUAUCUUGAUUAAUUUCAGAAAUUGUGGACCUGGAGAGUAAAUUAAUAAAGUAGGAUAAGUCAAAGAAUGCUAGAUAUGUCCUGAGAAUUUUUAUUCAUUUAAUGUAGAAAACUGCAAAGCCUGUCCUGAUGGGGCUGAAUGUCAUGGUAGUACAAAUUUAAUUACUAAAUUAGGAUAUUGGAGGAGAUCAAAUGAUAGUGAUAUCAUUUUAAAAUGCUCUAAUUUACUUAAAAAUUGUAAUGGAGGUAGUUAUGGAGAUAACAUUUGCUAUGAGGGUCAUAUAGGAGCCCUUUGUGAAGAAUGCGAUAUUUAUGGAGAAUAUUGGUCACAAACUUAUUCCAAAUCUUCUAAAUUCUCUUGUACUAGAUGUGACUAAAUUUAAGGAAAUAUAUGGAUAGUUAGUUUAAUGACAAUUUGGACUUUAAUUUCUAUGGUUUUAGCAAUAAAAGGUAAUAUAGAAAUUCUAUAAGAAAAAGCAGCUGCUUUGGUAUUACAAAAAAAUCUAAGAGGAAGAAAAAAGCUAUAUUAGAAUUUGUAGCGAAAUGACAAAAAUAAAUCUACCAAUAUUUAUUUAUCAUCCACUUUAAAGAACAAGAAUUAAAUGCAGUAUUAAUCAUAACCUACUUCAGAUUAAGAGAAAUCUGGAGUCUUUAUAAAAAUGUUAACAAACUACAUAUAAAUUGUUGGAUCAAUCGCAACAUUUAAUUUAUCAAUUCCAUCAGGAAUUUUUGAAUUCCCAUAAUCUGUGGGUUAGCCUUUGAAAUAAACCAUGAAUUCUCUAGACUGUGCUUUAGAAGGAUUCAGUACUCAGAUACCUAUAAUUUAUAUGAGAUUGCUAUUUUCUCUGCUCAUACCAAUAAUUUACAUGUUUUUAUUUCUAUUUUGCAUGGCUAUUUACCACUUUUUGAAAAAGUUAAUGACUAUUUGCUAAAAAAAAGAAAUCAAAAACUAUUAUUUUCCUUGGUAUAUUAUGACUACAGCAAUAAUUUUCUUAAUUAUUUAUGUAUAGCCUGACUUGGUUGCAUAAAUUAUUGCAUUAUUAUCAUGUAGAUAAAUAGGAGAUACUAAAUAUAUCUUAUCUAAUGUUUCGUUCGUAUGCUACACAGAAUAACACUUUUACUAUGCUUUUGUAUUGUUACUUCCAUUACUGCUUAUGUGGGUUGUUAUUUUACCUUUAAUUUUGUUUUUAGCAUUGAAAAGAAAUAAAAAGAAUUUAGAAUCAAUCUAAAUAAAAUUAAAGUAUGGAUUUCUUUACAAAGAAUAUUAAAACUAUGCAUAUUACUGGGAAUUUGUUAAAAUGGCAGUGAAAUUAGUAAUUAUACUGGCCUUAAAUUUUUACUCAUAAAGCAUUGUUACUAAAGGUGUGCUAGUCUUCAUAGUGAUUACUGCUUAUGGUAUUCUCUCUCUCAUAAUACAUCCGUACUAAGAGUCAGACAUAAAUGAAAUAGAUGUUAAUUCGACUAAUGUUUGUGCUUUAACAGUUUUACUAGGAAUAUUUAUUUAUAACAAUCCUUUUGACUACUUUGUUUACUCUUCAUUUGCUAUAAUAGCCAUUGUAAAUUUCUUUUUAUUGAUUACUAAAUAUAUUUAAUCUUUUUUGACUAUAGAAAAUUAAUUCGGACACUAUCUAAGAUCAAGUGAAGAAUUCUAGCUGCUAGAAUAAUAUUAAGGAAAUAAGAUUCAAAGAUAUUCUGAAAAAUAAAUGAGAAGUUAAAAUGAAGAAGAUUUCAUAAAUAAUUAAAAUGAUGAUUAAAACAAUUAAAAAUAUAUUCCUACAAUUCAAUUAGAUACGCUACAAAAUUUCAAUAAUUUUAACACAGAAACUGCUAUUUAAUAUGAAACAAAAGAUGUUGGAACAAGUAGACUAAGAUAGCAAUAAUCCAAUUAGUAGCUUAUUUAAUUUCAUUCAAGCACUUCUAUUUAAAAUUAAAAGAGCUCAAAUAAUUAAAAUCUAAAUAAUGGAAACACCUCAAUAUAAUUAACAAAUUAUAGCCAAUAAAACAAAACAAAAAUGACUAAAUAACAAAAGAUGCAUAAAAACGUUCAAAUAGAAUCAAACAAUCCUACAAAUUAUGAAAAAAACGAAUAAGAUAUAAUUAUAUUUUCUUUAGAUGAUUUAGAUGCUUAAAAUAAUUUUUAAAGUGAGUUUUUCUCAGAACAAUAAAAUGAAAAUAAAAAAUAAAUUUCAAGCAAAUAAUCAAACUUAGAAAAAUAAAGUAAUGAAGAGUCUUUGUAUUAAGAUCCUAAUAGUAUAUAAUAAAUUGCUAGUAGCACAGUUAAUUAUUAAGAAAUUGCAAUAAAUUAACUAGAAACCAUAAACAAUUUAGAAAAUAAAUAAAAAAAUUCCUAAAUUUCCAUAAUAGAGAAUAAAAUAACAUAAAAUAUUUAAGAGGUUAUUUAAUUUUCAGAAGAAGAUUCAAUCUAUAAUUAAGAUUAAUAUGAUGAGUAGAUUUAAAAUAAUAGCAAAUAAUCAUAAAAAGAAAUAGAAGAUAAAAUCAAUAUAUAAAAUAAUGGGAACUGUGAUCUUGAGUAUAAAAAAUGUUAAAGCUAAUUUGAGGAUGAUAUAGUAAAUAAAGAUUUGAUAUAAUUUUCUUAAAAUGAAAUUAACUUCUAGUAGAAUUAAUAAGAUUAAAAAGAUAUAGUGGAAAAUUUCUGA